CGGUUCACACGCAAUUACUACGCUUCAUUGCCCUUGGACUAGAAUCAAGUCGUAAGACAAUCAUCCGCCUGCCCGUACUAAUGGAUUAUCCCAGCACCCUUGAUGCUCUAAGUUCCCUCAACAACGUUCGAACAGGCAUUUAGCCUCAAGUAUCGGAUAUGCAAUGCCAGCCCAUAGCAAUCAGCAUCCCAGACUUUAUAGAUUCUCCCCCACCUGUUCUAUUGGUAGUACCCGUGAAUACACCAACCGUCUUCACCAUGCGCCCAGCUCGACAUGCAGCUCUCUAUAAACCAACGCAGCAACCCCAGACCCCCUCAGACCCCCAGAUCCCCAGACCCGACCCCAACAUCCAAAGAACGCCCUUCAGAGCCAGCCUUACAAGGGACCACUCGGCCCGCACACGUUGGCUUUCCUCCCCGACAAACACAAAAACCCUGAUGACUUAACGCCUAGCGCCAUAAGGUAACCACCCUACCCGCUUGACCCUCGAUACGAGCCCACGAGGCUCGCCACGUGCACCGCGCCGGGAACGCAGCUACAAAUGCGGAAGUGAAUGCAC